AUGGUGCUGAAGAACCACUGGAUCUUCAGGGCCCUGCAGCAACCCAGAGGAAUAGGGCCCUUCUGCUUCAGCUGCAGGUAUCACUUUAGCCUCCAGCCCCAGCCUGGAACAUUCGGCUACUGGCAUCAUGAAGUUCAGCCCGUUCCUUGUCCUCUGCGUCCCCCUCUGCCUGGUUGGCAUUGCCAGCUCAGCCCAUCUCAAGCAAGAGGCCCCCGGGAGCUGUCCCAAACUCUGCCUGCCACGUGUCAGCUCCCUCCAGCGAGGGGCCCCUGCAGAGGCCUCUUCUACUGGUACUUCUACGACAACAUGUCCAGUGAGUGUGAGCACUUCGCCUACGGUGGCUGUCAGGGCGCUGACAACAAUCUUGAGACCACGGAGAUCUGUUUGAGGAUCUGCAAGCACGCUGAGACAAGGUAAAGAGCAGCUGAAGACCAUGUCUGCAUCCUCCUGGCCUUGACUGAAAGCUGGCUGGGCCUCCUUUCCUGCACCUAGUCCCUGCUUGGAACCCAUCCUGUAGCCCUCCAGGCCUGGGUCAAUAAAACAUUCA